AUGAUCAGUAGGGCUGACUUAGACGCCAUGUUUCGCAAACCAGCCCCGAUUGCGCAUCCUCAACACCAAGCUGCGCAGCAGUACAACGCCGUAAACAUGCAAGCGCAACAACGCGCCGAAGCCGAACGCCGCGAGAAGAUGCGCCGGAUCGCUAAGAACCCUACCGACAAGAAUAUACCCGAGGGUGUCGAGGACGUCUGUAUUGGUGACGGCGUCGCGCGUUACCGUGAGUUGCGCGAAGUCGAGCGCACGCUCGACGCGACUAUGAUGCGUAAGAAGCUUGAUGUCAUGGAUUCGAAGCACCACUCGAGAGCGUCGCGUUACGGUACUAUGCGCAUCUGGAUCUCCAAUACUGCUGAGAACCAACCUUGGCAGAGCAAUGGCAUUGACACGGAAGCUUUUGACUUUGAGAGCGACACCAAUGCCACCUACCGUGUUAAGAUUCAGGGUCGUCUGCUGGACGAGGAUGGCGACGAGGGUCUUGAAGACGAGGAUGAAGACGAGGCGGGCAAGGAUACUGACGCCAUGGAAGAGGACGGCGCAGAGUCGAAAUCCUCGGCCGCGAAACCGAAGAUUUUCUCGCAGUACUUCAGCGCAAUCACGAUCGACUUCGACCGCAACAAGGACCUCCAACCCGACAACUUUACGCAGAUUGAGUGGAAGCGGCCAGAGAACCCUACAGCGAAGGAGAGCAACUUUAGUGAGCUCGAAUUCGAGCGCAAAGGCGACGAGAACAUCAACAUCACGAUCAAUCUGCAGCGAUUCCAGAAUCCUGAAGUCUUCAGACUGAGCAAACCUCUAUCAGAACUGCUGGAUACGGAUGAGGAAGACCGUGCCGGCGUUUUAAUGGGUAUCUGGGAAUACGCGCGGUCACAGCACCUGCAACAAGAUGACGAUGAACGCAAGUUUGCCUGCGACGCGAAACUCAAAGCCUUGUUCAACGGCCAAGAUUCGUUCUAUUUCCCGAACCUCCCGCAGCUCAUCAAGCCACACCUGACCACACUCCCACCCAUCCAACUACAAUACACAAUCCACGUAGACAAGGACUAUAUCGCGCCUGCAGAGGGCAGUAAGAAGCCUUCAGAGCCGACAGUUUACGAUGUCCAAGUCGCUCUCGAGGACCCAAUGCAGCCUCUGUUCCAGGAUAUCCUACGCCGACCGGACAGCAUCCAGACACUCCAGGAAAUUCAGAAGCUAGACGAGCAGCUAGUCUUGCUCAUGGGUGCUAUUGGGCAGUCAAAGGCAAAGCAUGCGUUCUAUACGAGCAUGGCCAAGGACCCUGUGGCGUUCUUCAAGCGCUGGCUGUCAUCGCAGAAGCGCGACCUCGAAGUCCUGCUGGGCGAAGCCACAAGGGGCGGUGGCGAGGACAUCUCCGGCGAAGAAUGGAGGCGUGGUGGGGCGGAUGGCGUCUGGGGCAGUGAGGUUGCAAAAGAGAGUGUGGCGCUGUGGUUGGCAAGGGCACAGAAUGUCAAGACGCAUUAG